GUUUCAUAAAUAUAAACUACAGCAACAUAAAAAACAAAAAAAAUUAGGAUUUGUAACGAUUUUGAAGCUUCCUCAUCUCUGUCGAUCAUUUCCAGCACCAUUCCACUGACAAGCAUGGAAAAGGCAGUUACGAUCCGGACUAAGAAGUUCCUCACCAACAGGCUGCUUUCACGAAAGCAAUUCGUUGUUGAAGCUAAUCAUCCAGGGAAACCUAAUGUUUCUAGGGUUGAGCUUAAGGAAAAACUGGCAACAAUGUAUGGAGUGAAGGACAAUGCUGCUGUGUUCGUCUACGGAUUCCGAACUCAAUUUGGAGGUGGCAAAUCAACUGGUUUCGGUUUGAUUUAUGAUUCUGUUGAGAGUGCAAAGAAGUAUGAGCCUAAGUACAGGCUUAUUAGGAAUGGUCUUGACACCAAAGUUGAGAAGUCAAGGAAGCAAAUGAAGGAGAGAAAGAAUAGAGCUAUGAAGAUUCGUGGUGUGAAGAAGACCAAGGCCUCUGAUGCUGCUAAGAGUGGAAAAAAGAAAUAAGUUUUGAGAUUUCCUGUUUUUGUUUUAAGAUUAUUAUUAUCAUGUUUUCAGAGUUUUUUAAUAGGUAUUUAAUCUCAUGCUAGGUCUUAUAGAAUGAGAUAUUUUGAUACAAUGGUUAAUCCUUGUUUUAAUUUAUGUUUUGCUACCACUGGAGGUUUUUAAUACUAGAAUGGACAAUUUUCUAUUUA